AUGGCCUUCGAAGUCGUUUUCGACGAGAAGGUCAAAAAGCUUGGCUUCGAGCUCGGCUUGGAGGAGGAUGAUCGGCCUCACGUCUCGGGCGUCAAGCCUGGUGGUGCUGCGAUUGCAUUGGGAGUGCGUGCAGGUGACAUCCUCGUCACCAUCAAUGGGGCACCUGUUGGGAAGCCAAGCCGGGAAGAGAUCAAGGCCCUCCUGAAGGUGCGGCCGCUGACCUUGCAGUCUGCACCCGAGAGCUGGUUGGAUGAGUUCUUCAUGACGGCUUUUUUCCGGCGUGCUGCCACCGCAACGAACUCUGGUGAGCAGUUCUUCAGCUUUAGGAAAGGAUGCAAAAGACGAUUGCGAGAGAGGAACAAGCACCUCGUGCUUGAGUCAGGUGCCGAGGUCAGCGACAGCGGUUCCGAGUCGGACGGCCAGGCCUGGAACAUACAGCAAAGCGUGCCCAAGACGAGACAAACAUUCGUAAAGCUCCGGAUCGUCACUAUGCGUGUGCGCGUGUCCUGCGAUGCCUCCGCUGGCAGCUUGCGCUUUCUGCUUCGAGUGCCACGCGAGCUGGAGCUGGUGGCAGAUUUUGUGAGGCAUCUCCACCUUCGCCUGCCACAGCAGGCGACUUCGCUGGUCUUGAGGGUUGGUGGCUUUGCCUUGCUUCCAACGCUGCGCCUCACCGACGUCUUGCGAGACGAUGACGAAGUCUGCGUCACUGUGACCGGAAGCGAUGAGCGGCCGCCGAUACAGUCGAGUGUGCCAAUGGCGGCACUGCCAGAUUCCGCGGCCCCGGUGGCGCCCGCAGAGAAAAGGCGGCCCAAGGACGCAGGGAAUGAGGACGUUCCAACGCCCGCAGCCCCAGCCCCAAGCAAGGCCCGCAAGGAGAAGCAGAAGCCCAAGGUUGCACUGGUGACCUCGAAGCAGGCAGCAGCCGAAGCACGGCAGGUGCUAGCACGAUCGCGCCAGCCUAGCGAAGAGCCGCAGGACGAGGACAUGCAGCAGGCCCGCUCGGUCAACCAUCCGCUUCUCGGAGAGCUCGAGGUGCCUCCUGGGCAACGGACGGAGGAGUUUGUGAAUCGGAAGCUAAGGACUUUGAAGAAAGCCAUCCGAAGACAG